CUCUGUCACACUGUCGCGUAUCAAUCGCACUACUGACGUUUCAUAAAAACACAAAUAUUUUCCUCAUCAUAAAUAACAAAAAAUUUCACCUUAAAAGGGAUUGGAUUUGUUAUAAAAAUAUUAUUGUAAUUAUUUGUGAGUGUAGUAAUAGGAAAAUUGUGAUAGAAAUAUGACAUCAGUUGGAAGUGCACCUUUUCCAGAUGAUGACACAAUUCCGUUCGGAGAAGAAGAUCAAAUUGAAUCGGGAAAAUUGCCCCAUCCAUAUGUGACAUUUUUUCACUUGUUUUUCCGUGGAAUGGCUGUUGUUACAUACCUUUUUUGUGGAUGGUUAAUAAAAUCAUUUAUCACAAGCUUUGUGUUUGUUAUUUUACUAUUAUCAGCCGAUUUUUGGACGGUUAAAAAUAUAACUGGUCGUUUGCUUGUCGGCUUACGAUGGUGGAAUUACAUUGAUGACGAAGAAGGAAAAUCGCAUUGGGUGUAUGAAUCGAGAAAGCAGGGCCGGGUGAACGCUCAAGAACAACGCAUUUUCUGGUUGGCUCUCGUUCUGUUUCCAAUGAUAUGGGGACUUUUCUUUAUGUUUGCUUUAAUCGGAUUUAAAUUAGAAUGGAUGGUUUUGAUAUCAAUUGCUAUCAUGUUGAACGGUGCAAACUUGUAUGGAUACAUCAAAUGCAACUAUGGAUCAAGUACAAACCUAAAUUCAGCCGCCACUGAUUUUGUGCGCAAGCAAGUUUUUCGGAAUGCUUUCGAUUUCAUGUCUAAGCCGGCCCAGCCACCGACAACUCAUUCAACGGGAAUCGUAUAAAUAUCAUCACAACAUUUGUUUUUUUAUCUAUAGUGGCUGAUAUUCGAUUCAAUGUAAAACAUUCCUAGAAAAUAAGUAAAUUAUCAAAAAUAAAAUGAAUUUUGAACAAUUGGCUUGAACAAA